AUGCUCGUGCGGACGCAUGUUUUGUCAGAGCUGUGUGUACUUGGCAUCCUCGGCUUGAAUGUGCUGCAAGCGUCGUAUGCGUUGCGUUUUCCUCCAGCACCCCUAUUUUCCGUACCGACGCCUGCGAAGUCUACACCCGCGACACCGAAGUCGCUGCCGCAAAGGCGUCUUGGAGCGUUCACCCCCACAGUACGUCCAUAG